UCUCUCCCGCACUCUGUGAUUCACUCUCUCUGUUAAUCUCUCCCUCCCUCUCGCUGUGAUACUGCGCUGAUGUAGGAUUCGGGAAUUCUGGUGAAUCGAUGACAGUGGGAGCCUGGGGGAGGGCGGCUCGGGUUUGCUGCUGGUUCCGGUGAAGUUGCAGCGAGAGGCGGACGGUGGGACUGAGGCAGUGCCGGAGUGAGCCCGGGGCUCGGUGCCGCGAUGCCGCUGCUUUGGCCCCGCCUGGAGGAGCCAGCGGGUCCGCUCCGAGCCGCCGGCUCGCCCCUGGAUCUGUAACCGCCAGAGAUCCCCCCAGGAACAGCUCGGGAUCCAGGAGAUUCGCCGGGAAUCAUGGAGAGGAUCUGGGAACUGCUGAUCGUGCAAAGCCAGCUGCUGCUCUGUGUCUCAGCCCAGCACAGCUCUCACCCAGUCAGUGAAGGAUGGUGGGCUUAUAAGGAAGUGGUGCAAGGGAGCUUUGUCCCAGUUCCUUCAUUUUGGGGAUUGGUAAAUUCUGCCUGGAACCUAUGCUCAGUUGGAAAGAGACAGUCUCCAAUCAACGUUGAGACCAGCCAUAUGAUCUUUGACCCAUUUCUGAGCCCUCUCCGUAUUAACACAGCUGGACGGAAGGUGAGUGGGACGAUGUACAACACUGGGCGGCAUGUGUCCUUGCGCCUGGAUAAGGAGCACCUGGUCAACGUGUCUGGGGGCCCGAUGACCUACAGCUACCGUCUCGAGGAGAUCCGCCUCCAUUUCGGCAGCGAAGACACUCACGGAUCGGAGCAUCUGUUAAACGGGCAGGCCUUUUCUGGGGAGGUGCAGCUAAUACACUACAACCACGAGCUCUACACUAACAUCACAGAGGCUUCCAAAAGCCCAAAUGGCCUGGUGGUGGUCUCCAUAUUUAUUAAAGUUUCUGACACAGCAAACCCGUUCCUGAACCGAAUGCUGAACAGGGAUACCAUCACCAGGAUCACUUAUAAAAAUGAUGCUUAUUUACUGCAGGGAUUAAACAUUGAGGGUCUGUACCCAGAGACUCCCAGCUUUAUCACCUAUGAGGGCUCAAUGACAGUACCUCCCUGCCAUGAAACAGUGACCUGGAUUAUCAUGAACAAACCCAUCUACGUCACACGGAUGCAGAUGCAUUCGUUAAGGCUCCUGAGUCAAAACCAGCCGUCACAGAUAUUCCUGAGCAUGAGUGAUAACUUCCGACCCGUACAGCCCCUCAAUAACCGCUGUAUCAGGACAAACAUCAACUUCAGUCUCCAGGGAAAAGACUGUCCCAACAACAGAGCACAGAAACUCCAAUACCGAGCUCAACAAACUGCUCAGUCCAGAUGAGCUGCGACUUUCUUUUCCUUCAAAUUGGUCCGAAUGACCCACAGAAGUUAAUGAAUGGCUCCUAAAAUAACAGCAGACACAACUAAUCCAGGACUGCGCUCCGAUGGGAUGUUCUCGCUGUGAACACACAUUACAAAGGAGACAUUCAGGUCCACUCCUUUCUCUCUGCUGAAGAGAGACCUAUCUUUUACAACACAUUUGGCAGGACUGGCUUUUGAUAUGCUGACAGAUGUCGUUAAAACCAACAUUCAGCCACAAGGAAACCAAGGCACCUGCCAAAAUACAACUCGAUUUAAAAAGUUUAAUUUUAGAGGGUGGGAUGGGAGGUGAAUAAGGGAAAUCAUUUUACGGAGCUCCUGUGGUUUUGAUAUUUUUACCAUUUUGAAGGGGGUUGGGGGUGGGGGGAGGAACUGACAAAUAAAUCUAUAAAGUUUAAUGUGACUGCCUCACCUCCAGUUAAAUCAAACCAGAGAGACUUCAAUAACCUUUGUAUAUAUAAAGUGGACAUCACCCCUCACUAGUGUUAAUGAUGGAUACAAAUCCAUCGGUGAAUGUUGAGUUGUGUUUUGGAUUCAAAGCUGAAAAUCCUUCAUCCCAUUUGCACCCUUCAGGAUGGUGUCUGUAUCCCGACCCAAAUGGAAAAUAAAGUCUCGGAACCUGAGGGGGAAAGGGAGUGGGGGCAGGGGCUAGAGGAUGCCCCCUGGCUUCCCAAACCCACUCUGCAUCCCACCCCCAACUCAACAUUGCUUCAGAAAAUUAAAAAUGGAAACAUCAAAGUCAGACUGCGGCACGUCUUGUAAAUAUAUUACCCCCCAGAACGGGGCUGACAAGAAACGAAAGGGGUGGGGGGGGGGUUUGUGCAGAGUUUGGACUGACGUUUUCACCGAUGGGAAAGUCCCGUGUAUAUUCAUCACACACUUGGGUACAGGUUAAAUUAUUGCCUUUUUAUGUUAAUUGUUUACAAUGUUCAUACACUGUGUUUGGUUCAAAUCGUCAAGCGCUCAAUAAAUGUGUUGGAAAAAUUGGCA